AUGCUGCAGUACUGGUGGAAGCUGCGCUGCAUGCGGGUGAGGGGCAAGCAGGCUUCGAUGAUCUUGUCCAGGGCUACGAGUAGUGUGUGCUACCACUACAUGUUCGACAUACUCGCUCACGUCGUCCUGCUCCUGGACAUGUGUCAGGGCUUCUGGACGUUCUCUGGGAAGCAUCUGAAUAGAAUGGAGUCUGACGCCGAGCUCCCAAAGGUCGACCCAGGCCAGUGGAAGGCAUCGGAGGUCAUGAGCCUCGUCUGCAUCUCGCUCAUCUUGGUGCACCAGGCUUACUGCUGGGCUACUCCUCGCAUCUUCGGGCGGUCCGUCGUGGGUGUGCCGGAUGCGUCGGCAGCGGCGCUCGUGCUCAGCACCCACUUCGCACGGGCGGGCGAGCUUCCGUCCUUCUACAGCGCCUCCUUCCGCAUGGCCGUGCUCUUGCGCGGCGCGUUCGCGCUGUGGCGUAUCGCGCGCAUCUACGCCGCGAGCCAGGUCCUGUGCAUGGGCGACGCCAGCUCUCAGUUAGGGGCCGAGCACGACCUUAUUAAGAACGGGAAGUUCCGCGUGCUCUGGAUCGCGCGGGGAGGAGACGGCUUCGCGGCCCAACGCAUGGAGUUCGAGGACAUGAUGACGGACUUGCUCAAGAAGUUCAACCGCUGGCGGCUGGAUCUCCUCUUCGCCCUCGACGUCUACCUCACGGGCUUGACCCCGGCCGAGGAGCAGAGGCUCCGGAGGCCCAUCCAGGGAUCGGCGAUCGAGAGUCGUGUGCGCUUCGAGCGACCCGACGGUGUCGAGUGGGCGGUCAAGAGGAUGUCGGACGUGCUCAGGGACACUCUGCACAGCAGGUGCGCCACCACGGGCAGCUCCCUAAAAUCUCCUUCUGUGGGAGCCCGGUGGUGGGCCUGCAGGGCAGCCGAGGAGUGCGGGAGGCGAACGUGCACGCCCGCGUACUGCGGAUGGCUGGCUGCCGCAUGGCAGGAGGAGUCCCACGGCACCGUGGAAGGCAAGCCGAAGGCGCGCCUGAAGGAGGUCUCGUGGCCCAGCACCGAGGCGCCAUCGGGUGCGAAGGAGGUCUUGGAAGCCAGCGCUUCAGCGCCUGAGGAUCUGACAAGAUAG